AUGGAAACUCCCGAACUGCCACACCUAGAACAAGGCGACUACAUUAAUGAAUGUCCGUAUUUUCUCUCAUCCAUUUCGACAACUUUCAAUUCUAUUUCAGACGCUGUAAUAAGGCAAUUGGGCAAAGGAGCAGCCGCGUGUGUUUUUGAAGUUAAAACAAAUGUACAUGUAAGCCUUUUCUCGAUUAAAUUGAUAAAUAUAUAAGUUCUUUUUAUUCUGAAAUUUGAUAUAGCUGUCUUUUUCAGGGAAGAGAUUAUUUCAGUGCCUUGAAGUUAUUCUCUAUGAAUCAUACCCAUGUCUGGGAAACGGAAUUGAAUAUUCUUCGUAAACUCAAACGAGAUCCUUCUUUUCAGAGCAGGUUAGCCUUUUCUUUCUCUAUUUCUUUCCAAAAAAAUACAACACUUUAAAAGCUUGUAAAUCUAAUUUUUUUCCGUUUUUUAGAUGUUUGAUGAACGUUUUGGACUCGGGAAGUUUCCAAAUCGAUGCCACCCGUUAUAACUAUAUUUCGUUUCCCUUACUCGGCAGCAGUCUUUUCGAUGUUAUGGUACCUUUUUAUUUUCUUUUUUUCAUUCAUUGAUAACCAUUUUCAGUACCACGAAUAUAAAAUCACCGAGACCGUCGCUCAUUUCCUCAGUAAGUUUGAAACAAAGUUCAAGUGACCUUUUAAGCGAAUUUUUUUCGUCUUAAAAGUUUUUCCAAUCUUCUUUUUAAAAAAAAUCAUUUUUUUAGCUUCGUAGUCAUCUUUUUUUAUUAAUCUUACUUUAUUUUCAAAAACUCAUUUUUUUUUCAAACAAAAAAAAAUCAGAAAAAAAGCGCAUUUUUUUUCAAAGAAAUCUUUUUUUCAAAAUCUUGUUUUUAGGGUCUUUUUUAAGCAUUAUCUUUUUUCAAGCUUUUUUAGUGCCUAAAAAAAUAAUUUUUUUAAACAUGAGUUUAUUUUACGAAAAAUGUCGUCCAAGCUCCCUUUUCUCAAAUUUUCUCAAGAAAAAGAACUUUUUGUCAUCUUUUCUAAUCCUUUUUUUCUGGACAUUCACAAAUACCAUAAAAAUUUGGGUCCUACAACGAUAUAUCGCGAUACGUGACUUUUUACGCGCGAAUUUCAAAAUUUUUCGUUUGAAAAUGCCCAGUUAUUUUUCAAAAUUCAAAGUUUUCGCGUAAAAAGCGCUAUCUUUUUUCGGAGCCCAUUUUUUUACGGCUCCCGAAAUCCUAUUUUUCGAAGUCAUUUUCAACGAAUAACGCGUCAAUUUUGAAACCACCGAAAUCGAUCAAGAAUUUUUACUGGCCAAAAUUCAAGGUUCCCAUUUUAAGAAGAGGACAUCAAAGAAAUCGGCUGGCAAAUCGCGUCGGCUUUACAAUUUGUGCAUUCCAAAAAUAUCAUCCAUGGCGACGUGAAACCGGAAAAUGUCAUGUUCGUAGACCCGGACGUUGUGGUUAUUUUCCCUUAAAAGUCCCUAAGUAUAUAUUUUUUCCAGCAUUCUAUUACUAACAGUGCUGUCCGAUUACGUGAUAAUAGGAUCAAACUCAUCGAUUUCAACGGUUCGAUUGAAAUGGACGGUGGGGUGUUUGGUCCGCAAAAUUUCGUGGCCGUGUACGCGUAACUUGCACAGAAGUCAAACUGCAGCGCGCGUACAUUUUAGAGAGCAUGGUAAAAUUGGAGAGCGCCAGUUUAACAGAAAACAGCAGGCGAGACAGUGUGAAGAACUUGGAGAGUACUAGUCUGGUCUCUCCACGUUUACCGUGCACUCUAAACGGAUGCAGCGCAUGAGCGCGUAGGGCCUCAGAAAGUGUGUAGAAUGAGGAGAGUCAGAUUCUGCUCUCUCCAAGUUUGCCAUGCUCUCUAAGUGAAGGAGCAGAUAAGCGCGCACGUCGUGAGAGAGUGUGUAUAAUGAGGAGAGUACUUGUCUGGUCUCUCCAAGUUUACCGUGCUCUCUAAACUGAUCUGCACAGGUUGUGCGCAAAAAAGCAACACAGCCACGAAUUUUUGCGGAUUUAAAAUUGAUGCCUAUAAUCUCGAAAUUAUAGACGAUUACUACAUCACUGCCAAGAGCAAACUACAGACAAUGCACUACCGCGCCCCGGAAGUGUGUUUAGGUUGGUUUCCAAUCGCUUUACGGUCUUUUAUAUUGGCUAAUUUUUCAUGUGAAUCUUGAGCUAUUUUAUGGAAAAUUUUGAAAAACGCCCUACAGUAAUCUAUUUUAAAGGCGCAUGCACAGAGGUAGACCGCGCGCAUCGAAAAGAAGAUGCGCGAGAUUAUGAUCCUUUUAUAGCGCUGUUUUUCUCUCGCACGGCGUUUUCGUUAGUGGGAAAAACACGAAAAAAGUAACAGGGCCUAUUAAAGGCGCAGGACGCCGUAUUGCCAGAGGUCUUUGAGACGAAUCGAAAUGUCUCUACAUAAACGCAAUUUUCUGCGCGAAAGCGGCGCAGUGCGUGCACACGACACGCGACACUUUACGGAGAAAAGUGGGCGUGGCGUCGUCGAAAAAACGCCGUGUUCCGCUAUUAAAAAGGAACAUUAUCAAGCGCGAGUUCUUGACGCGAAAUGGUACUGUGUUUGCGGUGGACUGCUUGACAUUCGAAAUCUGAUCAGACUCCAGAAGGAUCCGUCAGAAAAUCAGAAGACAAAUGUUGAGGCUCCGCGGUGAACACUCAAAUCGACGUCUGGUCCUACGGCUGCCUCCUUUUCGAGAUGUACUCCGGCGACGUCCUGUUCUCCUCGAUCGAAGAGCCCGACCUCGUCAGCCAGUUCUACAAGACUUUCGGCGUCAGGAUGCCAUCCAAUAUGCUUCGGAAGGCUCAGGAAGUCGGGUGAGAUUCGGCCAUUUUUUUCUCCCAAAAUUAGUAGUGGUCUACUAAAAGAUCCCUCAUAGGUACCUCAAAGAGUUUUCAGCAAAUAUUCUGGAUAUUAUCAAAGAAAAAAUGUUUUCCAGCAGUAUCAAUGUGAGACCUUCGCGCGGAUCUUUCCGCCUUAGGGAGAGGAUCGAUUUGGAAACGGAAGCUCAGAAUUUCGAGGUUUGUUUUGAAAAUCCCUCGAAGUAGGCUUUUCAAGAUAGAGAAACAGAAAAAAAUCAAGAAACUUUGAUAAACACUCAAAUCGACGAAAGUAAGUUUGAGUCUAUUAUUAUGACUCGGUCUAAAUUCAUUUUUCGACGAUUUUUGAGAAAUUUUUCACUAAAUUCUUAUUGAGUACUGUUUAAAUUAGCAAUGGUUUUCCAUAAAAUCCGUUUCUUUGCGAAAAAAAAAAUCCAUAGGAUAUUGAGAACUUAAAAACGGGGUAGGGUCUAUAAUUAUGACGCGGUCUAUAUCGAUUUUUUGACUAUUUUUUGAUACCUCUUUUUAUCAAAUUUUUUGAAUUUUGUCUGAGUUUCAUUCAUUCUAACUGAAAUUCAUCAUGAAAUUAGGUGCUUUGCAAAAAGUUCCAUAGAAUUUUCAAGAACUGAAAAAAUUGGGCUGGGUCUAUAAUUAUGACGCGGUCUAAAUCCAUUUUUUUGACGAUUUUUGAAUUUUUCGUUCCUGUAAUUCUCUCUGAAUUUUAAUGUCUCUGACUGAGGUUUAUCGUAAAAUCAACUUCUUUGCAAAAAGAUCAACAGAGUUUUUGAAAAGGGAAAAAAUAGGGGUGUGUCUAUAAUUAUGACGCAAUGAACUUUUUUUAUUAAAGAAGAAAUUAGAAUAUUUUAGAGUGCGAUUCGAUUUGGAGAACCCGAAGCGAUUCCCGUUAUUUAUACACAUUAUGUCGGUUUUAAAGUAUGAUCCCAGACUUCGGCCCAACUUCUCAGAUGUUCGUUUUUUCCCAAAUGAUCGAUUUAAUUUGAUGAUUUCAGGUAUUGGCGUCCGAUUAUUAUGCAACCUUCCUAGCUGA